GGAUGCUGACGCUAGAUUUGAAUGAAACAGAUGAAUUUUUGCAAGCUAGGCCAGAUUCUUUCAUUUGGGAAACUGAUGAUCAUGGAAACAGCAGGCUUCAAAUUGAGUUUCAAACAGCUGGGACUUGGACUGGGUGCGUUCUUUUUGCUGUUUUCCCUUCAGCUUCAUCUUGCACUUGCUCAAAAUUCCAUGGUUGCAGACCUCAAUCAAGAAAAAUAUAUUGGUACUAGAGAACCGAUAGUACCAAAGAAAUUGUCACUCUUAGUUAAACUAGGAGGCAAACAUGAGAUCGAAGCCGUAGGAAGGCGUGGUGGCGGUGGUGGCGCCCGUGGCGCAGGAGGAGAACAUAGCAACACAGGCGCUGCUGCUGGGGAUAAUGGUAGUGGAGGGACAAAGUCACCCGAUGGGCAGGCUGGAGCUGUAAUACCUGUUUAUGCUGCCGGGGCCAUGAACCAUAACCGUUAUCAUCACCAUGGCUCUAAUAGUGGCACCACUAACUGCACUGCCUCCGGUUGCUUCGCUUUAAUCCUCUUCGCCUCUUUCUUCUUCGUUUAUUCUACAUAGCAUCUAAUCUUUUUUUUUCCUGUUUUAGCACGACUUUUGGUGGAUACUUUUUUCAUGAAGCUUAAAAUAUGUAAAGCUUUUUAUUUGGUGUGUAGAAUGUGAAAUUUAUAAUGUUUAUAUUGCAUUUUAUGUAAAAGAAAACAAGAAAGAUUGUAAUAAUAUAUUUUCAA